CCACUCAAACAAAAACCAAAAAAAACAAAACUAUCUUUUAAACCCCAACAAAAAAAAAAUUGAAAUUCGAAAACAGAACAAAAAAAAAAAUCUCUCUCAAUCUCUCUCAGAUCUGAAUCCAUCCAUCACCGAUCUCUAAUGGCGGCACCACCAGCAUCAUCCUCGGCGAGGGAAGAGUUCGUGUACCUCGCAAAGCUCGCAGAGCAAGCGGAACGUUACGAAGAAAUGGUUGAAUUCAUGGAAAAAGUCGCUGAAGCCGUUGACAAAGACGAACUCACCGUCGAAGAACGUAAUCUCCUCUCCGUCGCUUACAAAAACGUAAUCGGCGCUCGUCGUGCUUCCUGGAGAAUCAUCUCUUCCAUUGAACAAAAAGAAGAGAGUCGUGGUAACGAUGACCAUGUGACCACGAUCCGUGAUUACAGAAGCAAGAUCGAAUCUGAGUUAUCGAAAAUCUGUGACGGUAUUCUUAAGCUUCUUGAUACUAGACUUGUUCCUGCUUCUGCUAAUGGAGAUUCUAAGGUUUUUUACCUUAAGAUGAAGGGAGAUUAUCAUAGGUAUUUGGCUGAGUUUAAGACUGGUCAAGAGAGGAAAGAUGCUGCUGAACAUACUCUCACCGCUUACAAAGCUGCUCAGGAUAUUGCUAAUGCUGAAUUGGCUCCAACGCAUCCGAUUCGUCUUGGUUUGGCUUUGAAUUUCUCUGUGUUUUACUAUGAGAUUCUUAAUUCUCCAGAUCGUGCUUGUAAUCUCGCUAAGCAGGCGUUUGAUGAAGCCAUUGCUGAGUUAGAUACUCUUGGAGAGGAGUCAUACAAGGAUAGUACCUUGAUCAUGCAGCUUCUUCGUGACAAUCUUACUCUCUGGACUUCUGACAUGCAGUUUUGCAUUAUGUAUGAUAAUACUCUCAUGAGCUUCUUGGUCUUGAUCUCUGAUUCUGUUGUGUUAAUUUCGACGAUUAAUCAGGACGAAAGUCCGGAGGAGAUUAAAGAAGCAGCAGCACCAAAGCCUGCUGAAGAACAGAAGGAGAUCUAAGUUUGUGGUUUCUUUUUUCAGUAUUCUUAAGUUAUGCAAUUAUAAUUAUGUUUCUGCUUGGUGUUUAUUUUCUAAUCUUUCCUUUGCUAUCCCCGAAGCUUCUAAGGCCGUCUAAUUCUUGUCCUUUGUUUGCUUUUCUCAAUCGUGGAUGCUACUGGAUUUCUGUUUUGUUUUACUUCUUCUCUUGAUUGAUUGCAUUUCCCGGCUUAUGCCUUGUACUUGAAACUCAGUUUUCUCUCUUAUUAAUGAUUUGCCAUUCACCUGGUUAUGCGUUUUUGUAUACAUGUGACUGCGUUUGCAAUUGUGUUUUCUGAGUUUGCUUAGGUUAUGCACACACAAUUUACGCUGUUUGAGAAUGAGCGCUUGCUAAUACUGA